AGCUUCUUGGGUUCUGCUGCUCACCCUCCAGCAAUGCUUCAGGCCACAGCAACAUCGCAUUAAAAUCAUGAGCUAACGGAACGGGAGUUAAGUGUUGGAAGUGUUUAAAUGUGGAUGUGCUCAGUUGAGGGUUUUAGAGGUUCAACACACAUAGUAAAGAGGUAAUUACGUUUAUACAUCAACACCAUUGAUAACGUUUUCAUAUCGGCAAACAUAUACACUGAUAACAAUUUAUCUGUGAUAGGCCAAUACCUGCCGAUAAAAUAUAUGCCGAUAUCUUGCUCCAGUUGUUUGAACUCUUUCUUGUUUUAUCGCUCUAAUAGCAUACUUUGUUUUGAUUCACAUCAAAGUCAUCCACUUCCUCUCCCUCGAUCAACUACAUGCCCCCAACUGCAACAAAAAAGAAAAUAAACUUGUCUUUCUAAAUCCCUUAGCUAAAAAGGAACUCGUUCAGUUUUUUUUUGUAGAAAAAUCUCAUAUUCGCGUGUUAGUAGAGUGUACGCUGUGAUAAUUCUCAGCCCGACCCUAAGACCUUUCCUUUGUAUUCCCCAUCCUGUAGGUUAGCCAUCUGCAUCGGGGGAGGCUGACACUCCGGCGGUCCGUCCCACGCGUCGGUCGUCCGGGGAGGCUCCCCGGGGCAUGCCCAGUGCCCGACACCAUGCCCAUGGCGGCAGGCUGGCUGCUGCGCCACUCGGUGGUCAUGUGUCUCCUGCUGCACAGCCUGGUGCUGAUGACGUGCUGCUUCCACCACGCCGCCACCAGCUGCUCCAAGAACUGCUACUGCUCCGAGAGCGAGGCCGGCGGCAAGACGGUGCGCUGUAGCAACCUCCAGCUGACGGAGAUCCCAGACGACCUGCCCAACGACACGCGACGCGUCUACCUGGACUUCAACCUCUUCACCGCCGUCCCCGCCAACGCCUUCGCCGGCCUCCCGUACCUGGCCACGCUGGACCUGUCGCACAACGAGCUGGCCCAGCUGGAGCCCGGGGCCUUCCGAGGGCUCGGGAACACGCUGCAGUUCCUGGACCUCUCGUCCAACAAGUUGAAGAACUUCGUCCCGGAGGCCUUUGAGGGCCUGCGGGCCCAGGCCAACCUGACCAACAACCCGUGGCACUGUGACUGCAGCCUGCAGCUGGCCCUUCCCCGUGUGGACCUGGAGGCCGCCUCCCUGGCGGGCAUCGUGUGCCAGACGUCGGACCCGGCGGACAUCGGCGUGGAGGGUCUGGCCUUCCUGCUGGCGCCGGAGAUCGACCUGUGCGUGAUCAUGAAGAAGACCACGGACGUGGCUAUGCUGGUCACCAUGUUUGGCUGGUUCUCCAUGGUCAUCUCCUACCUGGUGUACUAUGUCAGGGCCAACCAGGAGGACGCCCGUAGGCACCUGGAGUACCUCAAGUCACUGCCGCAGGUCAGCAUACCGGGCAAGUCCGAGGAGUCUUCGACCAUCAGUACUGUGGUAUAGCCCCGGGAGACACCUUGGGAACAGAGUGACCCAACGGUGGCCUGCUGUCAUUGUUCGCAUCGGAGGGGGGAACCGGUGGGCAACAAGACAUGUGUCCGUUGGCACAAGGGAAACCAGGCCUGAACAAUCCAACCCAGAUGAAUAAUUCAUCAAUCAGUGGCCCAUUAGGAGUUUGUAGGGGCUGAGUUGAAGGGUCCUGACUGCAACUAAAAGCAGAAGGAGGAGGUUUUUUGUUGACUUCCAAAUAUGGGAUUUAAAUGGGAUUUAUCCAGUGGUGCGUAGACCCUCUCCCUGCACCUUUUCUCACACAGACGCCAUUCAGGAGGCUAUGUCAGCGAGCUAGCCUGCCGGGGAAUUAAAAACAGUUGUAGCCCUGCUACAACAAACUCUUGACUCACAAUUAUUCCGUAUACAAUACAAAGUGUAUUCCAUUAAAAACCUUCAAUGAGGUAUUUAAUAGUAUAUUAACAGCGAAAAAUGUUGUUAGUUUCAAUUAAAAUUGUCUUUAUAAGA